AUGGCCCUGGUCACAGUGAGCCGGUCCCCCUCGGGCAGCGGCCACUCCACCCCCGUGGGCCCUGCGGAUGAAGGGCUGAGCAGGAGAAGCCAGCUGCAGCGCAGGCAGAGCUUUGCUGUGCUUCGUGGGGCCGUCCUGGGGCUCCAGGACAGAGGGGAGCCCAGUGCCGGGUCAGACGAAGAGGAAGACCCAGAAGAAAAGGCGUCUCCCUCAGACCACCCAGAUGGAAGUGGCCAGGGGACUCCGGAGUGCCCGAGCCCUGGGAAGCAAGAGCAGAGGAGGCACUUGCACCUUAUGGUGGGGCUGCUGAGGGCUCAGGACAACAUCCAGCUGGCAGUCCAGUUGGAGACCCCCCGGCCUCAAUGGCUCCGCUACCUGCUUGUGGUGUCCACGUCGGAGCUCCUGAGCCAGGAGGAGACCGUCCUCCUCGGGGUAGACUUCUCCCAGAGCAGCCCCCCCAGCUGCACCUUGGGCCUGGUCCUCCCCCUCUGGAGUGACACUCAAGUUUACCUGGAUGGUGACGGGGGCUUCACCGUGACCUCUGGGGGCCAAACCCGAAUCUUCAAGCCCAUCUCCAUCCAGACCAUGUGGGCCACUCUGCAGGUGCUGCACCAGGCGUGCGAGAUGGCUCUGGGCAACGGCCUGGUGCCCGGAGGCAGCGCCCUGGCCUGGACCGCCUACUACCAGGCCCGAAUCACCUCGGACCAGAGCUGCAUCAACGAGUGGAUGGCCAUGGCCGACCUGGAGUCCCUCCGCUCUCAGCUGCCCAGUGCUGACUCCAGUGGGCACUCCGAGCAAGAACGCAUGGAGCGGCUCAUCCGGGCUGAGCUGGGAGACGUGCUGGACACCAGCGACCUGGAAAGUGUCACCUCCAAAGAGAUUCGCCAGGCCCUCGAGGGCCGCCUGGGCUGCCCCCUGCAGCAGUACCGAGACUUCAUCGAUAACCAGAUGUUGGUCCUCAUGGCCCAGCGGGAUCGGGCCUCGCAUAUCUUCCCCCACCUCUACCUGGGCUCCGAGUGGAAUGCUGCCAACUUGGAUGAACUGCAGAGAAACAGGGUCAGCCACAUCCUGAAUGUGGCCAGAGAGAUAGACAACUUCUACCCCGAGCUCUUCACCUAUCACAACGUCCGGCUCUGGGACGAGGAGACGGAGCAGCUCCUGCCUCACUGGAAGGAAACCCACGGCUUCAUCGAGGCCGCCCGGUGGGUCCGGCUCCCUCCCUCCAGCCCCUGCCCGGCCCCACCCCAGACAGAGAUUCCAGGGGCCUGGGAUGGCCUAACACGGCAACAGAACGGGCUGGUGUCUAGGAAUCCCCAAGCGGCAUUUCUCAGGGUCAGGGUCGGUGGCCUUGGACGGUGGGCAGAGGUGCCCGAGUCGGUGAUUAGGGCUGGCUCGCCUCCACCUCCAACUGAACCAAACGGGCGUUGGCAUGGAGUGUGGCCUACGUGGCGUGCCCAGCUUCAGCAGGAGCAACCGUGUGGGCAGGAGCUGCUGGCUGAGGUGGAGGUGCUGUAG